CCGGGUAUCGCUGACUCCCUUUAAAAAACGCUCAUUACGAUGCCUUCGUCAUGCUGCCCAAACCCAGUCUCUCCAUUCUCAUCGCCCUCAUCCCAAUCUAUAUAAGCCUCGCGCUCUAUCUCAACCUCAUUCCAAUCCCCACCCUCGCCGACUCAGACACACUGUCUUCACUCUUGAAGCUUGCCAACGCCAAUUUCCGCCGUCUGUCGACGCAAACAACUGUCACAGAAACCGUCAUUUCGACUCCUGUUUUCGAUACUGAAAUGGGCAUCAAGAUCGUCCCUCGUCCCAGUCAAGAGCGCGGCCAUGCUGAUCACGGCUGGCUGAAGACUUUCCACACAUUCUCCUUUGCCUCCUAUCAGGACCAAUCGCACUCCCAGUUUGGUGCUCUUCGCGUCAUCAACGAGGACCGCGUCGCCCCUCGCCAGGGGUUCGGCACACACUCGCACCGGGAGUUCGAGAUCUUCUCAUAUCUGGUGGCUGGGCAGCUCGAGCACAAAGACUCGAUGGGCAACACCGAGAUCCUCAAACGCGGCGACCUGCAGCUGACGUCCGCAGGAACGGGCAUCUCCCACUCCGAGAAGACGUACGGUUCCAAGCCCGUCCACUUCCUCCAAAUCUGGUCCCUGCCCACUGUGUCGCGGCUCACGCCCAAGUACUUCACGCGCCACUUCUCCGACGCUGACAAACGCGACCAGUGGGCGCGCAUCGUCGCUCCCGUUGAUGCGGAGGGGGUGCUGAAGGACAGCCGGGAGGGCGCCGGGCCUGCCCCCGUGCAGAGUGCGCUGACGUUAUAUGCGACGCUGCUCUCCGACCAGAAGAGCUUGAAGCUGGCCGUGGCGGGGUCGAAAGGGUACAUCCAUGUCGUGCAGACGAGUGGAUACAAUACCGGGGUCUCGAAGGGGUCUGCCAUCCGGAUUGUGACCACGCCAGGUAAAGAGGUCGAUCUGAGGGAAGGCGAUGGCGCGUACCUGUACAUCGACAAACCAGGCCCAGAGGUGCUGGUCGAGAACAUUGGCGAAAAGACAGCGGAAGUUCUGUUCUUCGAUAUCGAUUAGAUCCUCUGUCGUGCUGUUGAUGUAAUCUCUUAUAACGUAAUGCUAACUUAGAACUGAGGGGAGCCGCGGAUGAUCC